CAAAGACAGCCAACACAACUCAUGAAGAAGAACCAGGCUCGCGGCAGAUCUCAGGUCAGCUCCUAAACUACAAUUACCCCAGUGUGCACGUCAUCAGUUCAAGAGCGCGUGUGUGCGGUGCAUUUAAAGCGAACGGUUUGUGGCGAUGGAUAAACAUUUUUACAUUGUUAUCAUCUGUGCAUUGACGUCUUUGCACCUCCUGUUAGUCCAAGCAGCCAGACAGGGUCAAGACAUAAAAUGUGGAGCAUGCAGAGCAUUAGUGGAUGAAAUGGAGUGGGCCAUAUCACAAACCGAUCCCAAGAAAAUGAUUCAGACCGGAUCAUUUAGGAUUAAUCCUGAUGGCAGUCAGUCAGUAAGAGAGGUCCCCUUUUCCCGCUCUGAGAGUCAUCUGCUGGAAAUGAUGGAAGAGGUUUGUGAGAAGAUGAAUGAUUACGGUGAACGGGUUGACCCUGCCACCAACCGGAAGACAUACGUGAGACAUGCAUCCCGUGAUGGCACUGCCAUGGACCUUUCUGAUGUGGCCUUUGACUCCAGAGUCAGCUCUAGUUUAAAGUUUGCUUGUGAAACAAUCGUUGAGCAGCAUGAGGAUGAACUUAUUGAAUUCUUUGCUCAUGAGACGGACAACGUUAAAGACAAGCUCUGCAGUAAGAGGACAGAUCUCUGUGACCAUGCCUUGAAGAUACCUCAUGAUGAGUUAUAACAUGAGCCGAGCACAUCAUGACCGCUUUACCGCUGGAAAACAAUGCGUUCACCGGUUCAACUUCAGACUGAUUCUCUGACAUGAGGACGCUGAACAUACAGAGAUCUACUUAAGAGAUGUUAGGCAAAGCAUUACAAAUGUACUUGACCCUAUGGGUUCACUGUUCAACUAACGACGUUACCAUCAAACUGUUCAUUGUCAUUAAUAAAA